UGCGAUGACCAUCAGAAAAUAUUUUCUGGAUGAACUUUAUUGAAUUCCAUUCCGGAGCGAAAGACUAUGAUAAGAUCCGUUUAUGCUUUGUUGUUCGCCCAUCCCACCACUUCUGCAUUUACAUGUGUAUCCUGUAUCAGUGGAUCAUCGUCGGCGGGGUUUGUCUGCAGCAAUACUAUAUCGAAGAGUUUCAUUAUCGGGUUUACCGGACGGGUUUAAGUGGAGUGAAUUUAAAGCCUUGGCCUGCCCAGGGGCGGCCCAUGUCCGCUGGGCCUUCCGAGGACCCAUCCAUGGAACCUGGCUGAGCAGCGAUCUGCUCUCACUCGUCUGUUUCAUCCCUCUUGGGUAUGGAUAAUGGCGGUCGAGGUCCCUCCGCAGGUGUAUAUUUGUGUUUUUCUUUUUCUCUACACGGUAACUAGGCAAGUGAAGCUGGGCUGGUUCCUGGCUGCAAAGCGGGUGUAGCCACCAACUCUCUGGCCAAAUGAGAAAUACGAGCUUGCGGGCUUUAAGGGAACAUCGGAUAGUGUGGAGCUUGUUCAAGCGAAAGUCGUGCACGAACUUUCACUAAAAAAGAAAAAGAAAAAUCCGAAAUCUCGUAGCAAACCAACCCCUCUUUCCAGAGAAACGUCGACAGCGCAACAAUCAACACGAAUCGAUAUGAAUUGGCGCCUCAACAGCUCCCCGACGACCAUCCUGCCGGAAGUAAGUGGUUGGUUCAGGGCAUCGGGUAACGUGACUGUCCCGCGCACUCAGCCUCAUUGUAAUGUCAAACGUACGUCGAACUUCAACUCCUCCAACUCCGGCUUCAUUUCGAACAGCAUCUUGAUUUCCAGCUUCUCUCUUUUCGCGCCGGGGGAACUGCGUAGUUCCUCAUUUCUUUCUUGCUUUCUUGCUUUUUUCUUCUGUUUUUCUCCUGCUCGUUCUUGUUCUUUCCCCCUCCACCUUCCCCGCGGUCAUCCCUCAAUGAUCGGCAGCAUUCCUAGGCCAACCCUUUCAUUCUUACCUGUCUCCUUUGGCAUUUAGGCAUGCCGCCCGUCAGCGCCCUCACCUUCUGAGUUAUAUUUAGAUCUUCUGUUUUGACCGCUGCCGCCGUGCCCAUUCUGCCUCUCCCCCCGCCCCCCUAAACCGCCCACUCGCUUGUACCCAGCCAACCCCCGGUUGCUCCGAUGCUGCACUCCUCGGGGUGAAACAACUCCCCGUCCAAAUCCCCCUCCCCCUUUUCCUCCAAGAGGCGCGGAAACACCACUUAAACCUAUUUCCACUCACCCGACUGCCUCCUUAGUGACCUUAAUGUCCGCCCAGACUCAUGCAAUUCUUUCAUAAAAAUAGAUCGCAGGCGUCACUAGUUGGUUCUGUCGACAACUGGUCUAAUCACCCGCAGCAUCAGCAACAGCAGCAACAGCAGCAACAGCAUUACCACCACAACCAAAAUCACCACCAACCCCAACAAGCCCCUCCCCAGGCCGCGGGCGAAUCACUCGACUACAACAUUGAGGCUCAAUACCAGCGCUCUUCUUAUGCUAAUAACGAGACAUACGACCAAGGCUACGCUCAUGCUCACCCUACCCACGCGGUUCAGCAUCCUUACAGCCAUCAGAAUCAGCAACCGACCGAUCCUAAUCUCAUCCCUGGACUGGCUGUCACUUCCUUUUCACCUGCUUCUCCUCAGCCUGCUCCAAAUUACUCCAGACGACCGACUCUGAAUCUUGUCCCGCCCUCUGCAAGUACCUUCAGUUCCUCUCAUACCUCUGCAAACCCCGAAGUGAGCUCGUCCGAGUUGUCGUGGACCCUCCAUAGCCCUCAGACUUCUCCUCCAUUGGAAUCGCUCCCAAAGAAGUCAAGAAGGAGUAUUUUCGGAUUUUCUUCAUCCAAGGACUCUACGACGCCUGCACCCAAAGUGUUGGGUCGGAACCUCUCCGUGCGAAAGAAAGAUAUAGUGCAGACAGUUCCGCCAAAAAAGACACCAGGCGGGAAGUCUAUUGGUCCAACUCCGGAGUCUACUGAAGAACAAGCUGUAGAAUCCCCUAUGCCGCUCUCGAAACGGGCUCCACAAUCCCACCACCACCAGCAGCAGCAUCCCUCCUACCCUUCCAAAAACGCCAAUCGAUCAUCUUCACAUCUUGAAGCUCAGACAUACGACCAGCGCCCUGAGAAUCGUUCUAUACAGCGUGUGAAUACUGAUCCACUAUCAAGCCAAGAAUCCUUCUACGCGCACCGAGAGUCUAGCGACUCGUUCCAGGCGAAACAAUUCUCAGAAGUGCAGCAACCCGCACCCCUCAACCCUCAGUUCCAGAUUAGCUACCCCACACGACGUGACUCGGUUGCCCACUUUACAGAGCCAACUUCCGACCCACCCCCGUAUUCUUCCCAGCCAGAAGCCCUUCUUACUGCUCGGCCACCCUCGCAGCAGUCCGGAGGCCCGCCGCCAUCCUCUCUCAACCAAUAUCAAUCUGCUGACCAAGGCCACCAGAAGCCAAUUUUCCGACAGACCCUCCAGCCCUCUGCAGGACCUGCGCAGAUUCAGGGCAACAUGCCACCAGAGAGACAAACGGGACUGCGACAGCAGGUAGACUCUGCGCCUCAGCAUGGCGGGCAAGGUCGAGAAGGAAUGGCUGGUGGCCAACCCCAAUAUCCACCAAAUCUUGCCCAGGGCGGGAGUUUCAAAGGAAACCAUUCCCAGCAGAGCCUAGGAGACCAGGAUCGACAAACACCACCGCCAACUAAUAAUAAUAAUAAUAGUAGUAGUAAUAAAGGCCGCGAAGACCUUUCAGAAGCCGAAGUCCGUGCAUUAGUGCAAAAACACGAGGAACUCCAAGCCAAAUAUCUUAAAGUUAAAAAGUACUAUUUCGAGAAGGAUGCUCAGGUUCAACUACUCCAGAAUACCGUGGCUCAUCAGCGAAUGGCUACAUCUCGUACAGUCCUUGACGAUAGUGAAUAUCUGACACGGUUUUCCCGCCUGGAUGGCGCGAUUAACAAUCUUGCUUUCAAUAUUCGCAAGGAGUGGAGGAGCAUUCCGGUUUGGUUACAAGGCUUCGUUAAUGAUGAUGCGAUUGCCGUCGGGACUAAGGAAAUGACGGCUGUCGGACGAGCAUGUCUCAGUCGAUGGCUUGUCGAUGAGAUAUUUGACCGAUAUUUCCAUCCUGGUCUCGAGCCGAAUCUUAGUUGCAAUUUGAAAAUGAUUGAGCGCAAUGUGCGGUGUGGUGCCAAGAUAGCCUCAGAGGAGGAUAGAGAGAACCACCUUUCCAAAUUGUCUGCUUGGCGCAGGACCACGCUGGAUGGAUUGGGCGAGGUGUUGCAGAGCCGAGCCUCGGAGGAGAAUCGAUCGCAGUUAAUUAAAGGCCUUGUCGAGAAGCUCACGGCGGCUUUGGAAAUGCACUUAAAAGCCCCACCGCCCCCAGGACUCGAAAAUGGUGUUUCCAUGAUUGUCGAGCUUGCCGUUGGCAUCUCUUCAAAUGUCCCCUUUGAAUCGAGAGAGAUUGCUAUCGAGUACUUCCUCCCCGGAUCUCCGAUAUCAGAUACUUACAUGAAAUUAGAGCCAUCGCUGCCUCCACUCGUCAGCUCCUCAGAACCCCAGUCUGCCGUCGAUCAAGGCUCAGCGACGAAAACUAUGAAGCCCGGCCUUCCAACGGAGGGUUCUUCCAUGCUGGAGCUGGAUAGGGAGAGCGGGAAAGAUUCCUCAUCUGCCUCCACCACCCACUCUAUCCAAGCUCCCGUGCCUUCCGCACAGCCCAAGGAGUCGAGGAAGAAAUCGGUGUUUGGGUCGCUGAUUAGCAAAAAGCCGCAUUCCGGCGGCCCUGGUGGCGCAAGCCAGGGUCAAGCUGAACAGCAAGCCCGACCCGCCUCUGCUCUUACGCGGGAGAGGGAACGGGAGGAAGCGGAGUUUAGAGAGGGCGAGUGUGGAGCCCCCAACACCAGCAAUAAUCACAUUAACCGCAUCAGGUUUGCGGCAUUUGUUGCCGUGGAGGUGAGGAGUAAGGGAGCAGGCAAUGUGAUUGUUCAUGCACCAGUCUAUGGAGUAAUGUGAUUGCCUUGUCCUUGUUUUGAUGGAUUUCGUUUGAACCCCGCUUCUCGUUCGCCUUCUGGGCUGUUGUGAUUUGAUUUUUGUUUGGUUUCAUUCUUCUAUACCUGGGGGCGGAUAUCGGAGAUUCUUGUUAUCUCUUCUCCCUUUUUACCUUUCUUUUGGUUUUUAAAUUGGCAAAUAUAUACUCUUGCUUUUUCUUGUUAUUUUGCCAAUGCGAAAAAUACUGGAAAGUAUAUGAUGAUGAACGCAACCUCUUGUUUCUUUCCCCCACUAGUUUCCCGUUUAGCCCCCUCCCUAUUUUUCUCCCAGCGAUCCUUUUUCUUAGUGAACUCAACCACUGGAUCUUGGGGACCUUGACGAACCAUGUCUCUUUUAGCGUCGUUCGCUCGUUGCAUUCAUCCCUUCCCCCAUUUUCCCUUGUGUGUGAAGUAGGAGUUGAAAUCUUAGGAUGGGUGAGAUGGGAUGGGAUGGCUUCAUGAGCCACAUUAUUUAUUUUCCUCUAUAUUCGAUUCUUCCCACUCAUGAUGAUUUUUACUUUUCAACAACGAAUCGUGAGGUCUCAUUGUUUUUGACGGAUAAGCCCGCUUUUUGAGAUUUUCGCGAUCUUUUUUUU